CGCCCAGGCCCUCGGGCUGGUCCAGGUGGGCGGCGGCGGCGGCGGCAGGAGCCUGCGGGGCUAAGGGAGGGAGGCCCUGAGAGCGGCUGUGGCGUGGUGGCCUUCUGGGCAGCAGAGACCCCGGUGGCCUGCCAGGCCAGGAGGGCUGAAGCCCAGGCUAGGCAGCAGCCCGGCAAGCCGGCCGGCCCUUCUCUGGAGGAGAAGAGUUGCUCCCGCGCGCCUCAAGCAGCGACCUCCGGAGAGGGCGCCCAGCCCAGCCUUGCGGCGAGGCGAGGCGGGGCGGGGCCGGACUACAUGGCCUCGGGGGGCCCCUUCGAGGCAGCACCUGCCGCCGCCCACACCUGGGCCGGCCUCCCUCUGGCCACGCCCCGGACGGCUCUCCUCCUGCGCCGCGGCUCAGGGGGGCCAUGGCGGCGAGGCCGAGACCGAAGGGAGAGGAGGCGGCGGCGGCGGCCGCCGGACAGAGGCGGGAGCGCCGCGGGCAGCAGGAGCGGGGUCCCCCGGGGGGGUGGGCAGGCGGGGGGGCCACCCCUCCGACUCCGGCCGGCCGCGCUGCCUUGGCCUCCUCCGGCGGCGGCGGGGGCGGGCCUCCCCCUUCUCUCCCUCCGGCCACCCCUGAGGACGCCUCCCGGCGUGGCGGUGGCGGCCUCCUGGACGGGUCGCGGUGCCGCCGGCUCUGCUCGGCCAGAGGCUGCUGCCAGCUGCUUCAGCUCCUCCUCUGCACGCUGACUGUGAUCUGCAGCUCCGUCUCCUACAACUCGGUGGGCGGCUACACCGGCCUCUUCAGCCUGGGGAGCAUCUACUACUACCAGUACGGAGGCGCCUACAGCGGCUUCAGCGGGGCUGACGGGGAGAGGGCGCAACAGCUGGAUGCCCAGUUCAGCCGGCUCAAGCGGCCGCCAGCCCAGACCGCCAUGGCCGUGGGAGGGGGGCUCAUGGCCUUGGCUUGCCUCCUGCUGGGGGCGGGGCUCUGGGGGCUGGCCUGGCGCUGCCCCCCCUGGCUGAUAGCAGAGGCCUUCCUGGAGGGAGCGGCUGCCCUCGGCCUCGGCCCAGGCUUGUACUUUUACUACCACCGUCUCCAGACCGCCUACAGCUCCCCUCUGUGCCGAGAGCGCCAGAGCCUGUACCACAGCAAAGGCUACGCGGGCUUCGAGUGCAGCCUGCAUGGGGCAGAGAUUGCUGUGGGGCUCUUCACUGGGGCAGCGAUUGUGGCCUUCUUUGUGGGCGCUGGCCUGGCUGUGCGUGCCUUCGGGAUCAUCCGGGAACUUCAAGGAAAGCCAACACCGAUGUACGAGGUCUAGCAGGACCCUCCAGCCAAUCUCUCCCCCCCCCCCCCGGAGUGGGCACUUCCCUGGCUAAGCAGCGCCUUUCAAGUUCAACCAUGUGCCAAGGAGGAAACAAGGAACGCUCCACCCUUCCCUCUCCUAGCCGAGGGCUCUGCGUAUUCAUUCUCUCUCUCUCAGCAUGUAUAUAUAUCUCUCUCCCUCCUCCCCUUUAAAACGGAAUCCUGUAGCAAGCUGUGGGGUGGGGUGGGGUGGGGGUGGGGAGAGGCUGCCCUCCUGCUGCUCUGACCCAGCCCCACUCGAGCAGCCCCCCCCCCGUGGUGCUCUGUGCCUUCCUUUUCAAAUGCCAGUUUUUCUAGUGGGACCUAAAUUGAACACUACUCUUCUUGAACAAUAAAAGUAGCUAGUACUCCUCUCAUCAGUCAGUGCCUGUGUUUGGAAUCCAUGUGAAGAUGUCCUUGCGCCUCUGGCUUCUGCUGAGGCAGCGCUGAUGCUGCCUUCUCAGGAAGGAUUGCACCUCAUCAGGGAAGAGUGCAGGAAGCCCCACAUCCAACCCCAGGCAGCAUCUCCACGACUCCUCUGACACGGUCCAAGGCCACUUCCCGUGAAACUGACAGCCCUGCGCAGGUUCCCCCGCCCCUCUGACUCACAACGCAUGCAUCCCGGCAGAGGAGCCUGAGCCGCUGGGGAGGUGGUGUUUC